AUGCUGAACGACGAGAACACGGCACUGCUUGACACGCUGUCUGACUGCCUAACGACAGCAGACGCAAAGGUCGGUGGAAUUAUCAAGAUCAUUGAGAACGCGACAAACCCCGACAACAUUGUGAAGACGCUGGUAGAGAGCCCUCUUGUGUUCAACAGCGCGCUAUCACUCAAGAUGGCAAGUCAAGACAAUGACAUUGCUGAACUCGCUCGAUUGCAUGUGAUCAACCGGGUUUUGUGUGCGACAAACCCCGGCGACGACACGACGUUUGUGAAAAAGUGGAAGAAGACCAUGGGCUCGGCAGUACCAUCGAAGCGCGCAGACAUCUUCAAAACUUGCAGCGCAUGGUGGACGCACUCCGACGCGAUCACAGAGUUGUCACGGGCAUCGAAGGCCCUUGGCAUAUUUGAGAUGGCUUUGAUGGCGACCGCUCCGCUGCUCUUCAAGAAUGGUCACUGUAUUCAGUAUUUCACGGGUCGACCGGUCGAGUGGACCCCGACGCACCACACGCGCCUUUUGCACCCGAACACGCUGCUCAUGCUGUUGCGGUCGGAUAUAGGCACACAUUGCGUGACGCAGUGGUGCGAGGAACAAUGGCAGGGUCACCUGCUCGAUGAUUUGGAAGCUCUACGAGCGCUUAAGGGCUACUAUCCUGAAGACACGUCGGUGCUGAAAACCUGCGUUGCUAACGAUGGCUCGGUGACGACAGUGCCUUGGCGACUAGUUGCUAAAGGCGUCUCAUCUCAGCAUGCCUGGAAUGGCGUUAGUCUGUUGACUACCAAUACUAAAGGUAUCAAGAAGAAGGGCCCCCUCUUCAUUCAACAUCUUCUAUCAACGCACUCGGUGUCCAGCAUUCAAGAAACCAAGUUCAGUGACGUGCAACACCUCUUGACGUUCAAAUUCCAUCUCGCCUCGAGCUUCACACACAAGCUCUUUGUCAAUGACCCAAACACACUGUUGGAUCGACCUACUCGUGGUAGAGGCAGUGGAGUAAUGACCGUGCGACGCUCCGACUUCCCGAGUUUCGACUCGGCUGUCGUUGUAUCAUGGUUGUCUGUUCCCGGACGGUACCUUGUUGUGGAGGGUAUGGUCGAACGUGUUGUUGUCUACAUUUAUAAUGUAUAUGCACCCGUCGAUCGCCAUGAGAAGCAGCAGUGCUUUGCGCGCUUGGAUACUGACGAGCUCGAGGAUGACGCGACGCACUUUGCGCUUGGCGACUUGAAUACGCCACUAGAUCCACGACUCGACUGCUCCACGCCUGACUUGCGCUACGAUCCGAAUCGAUCCAGCUGCCUUGAGUGGUUAGCGAGGCUUGGUGUUGUUGACGCAUGUCGCAUACAUCAUGACAAGAAACGCGUGUUCACUGGUCCACUUCCACGAAAGAACCGAUUGGACUACGUACUGAUGUCUGAAACAUUCUGCAACUGCUACUACGGCUCGUCCAGAUACUUCUUAUCGAGACAUGCUGGAGACCACCUUGUGCACAGUGUUGUCUCAGCAAUCGAGAUGGAAGCUGAGAUGGUGCGUGACAGACUCCGACUCGCUGAUAAUCCAGGCAAGAAGCUCCGCACUCAAGAUAUACAAGCCGUCGAAGGUCCCCGAAUCGCGCUAGAUCAAGCUGCUGCUCGCCAUCGUGUUUCAUCGGAUGAAGACGACCGCGAGCACUACGACGAAGCCAUGCGUCACUACAAGGAGACAGUCUUGCGAACAAGCCAGUAUCAUCAAGAUAAUGCGUUUGACUUCCAAACAAUCAACUCUGAGCGUUCGACGUCACACUUCUUCCGUCCCCUGGAUACGAGCCUAUGCAAGAUCUCGAUUGAAGAAGUUGAGACACCAGAUGGGAGUGUCUCGACGAACCCACACGAGAUCUUGCUCCGCUUACUGGAGUACGGGGGAUCAGAGAUGGGUGACCCGGACAGUCCGUCAGGAAGAGCUCCACCACCAGACAAAGGCAUGCAACGUAAGCUUCUGAACUCGAUCACGCGCUUAGUCUCAGAAUCCGAUCGGUUGUUGCUCGACGCAGACUUGACUGCCGCUGACCGUGCAGGCGCGAUCCGGCACAUGAAGACAUCGUCAGCACAAGGCAUGGACGGCUUGACCGCUGGGUUCUAUCAAGUGGCUCUAGACGUCUUUGGCGAGUACCUCGCGAUUGUCUAA